CUCUUCAGCGACCCGGCUGAGAUCGAGACCUUGCGCGGAAACCUGCUGUCUUGGUACGACAGAUGCAAGCGGGACCUCCCCUGGAGGACGCUGGCAGCAACUGAGCCAGAUGCCGACAGACGGGCGUACGCAGUGUGGGUGUCUGAGAUCAUGCUCCAGCAGACGCAGGUGGCUACAGUCAUCGACUACUACAACCGCUGGAUGCAGAAAUGGCCGACACUGCAGACUUUGGCGCAGGCAUCCCUGGAGGAGGUGAACGAGCUGUGGGCAGGACUUGGCUACUACUCCCGAGGGAAGCGUCUGCAGGAGGCAGCAAGGAAGGUGGUGUCUGAGCUGGCCGGCCGGAUGCCCAGGACGGCUGAGGACCUGCAGAAGCUGCUGCCAGGAGUGGGUCGAUACACAGCAGGAGCCAUCGCGUCCAUCUCGUAUGGGCAGGCUACCGGUGUCGUGGAUGGGAAUGUGAUCCGUGUCCUGUGCCGCCUGCGGUGCAUCGGUGCCGACUCCAGCAGCCCAGCUGUCAUUGACCGGCUCUGGGACAUGGCCAAUGCCCUGGUAGACAGGAGCCGCCCGGGGGAUUUUAACCAAGCCCUGAUGGAGCUGGGGGCAACUGUGUGUGUGCCCAAGGCCCCGCUGUGCGGGGAGUGCCCCGUCAAGCAGCACUGCCGAGCACAGCGCAGGGUGGAGAAGGAGCUGGCCUUUGCCUCUCGGAAGCUGUUUGGAAAACCCAGCCCGGUGCCUGAUGUUGAGGAUUGUGGUGCUGGGGGCUGUCCCCUGUGCCCUCCCGCCACGGAGCCAUGGGACAGCAGUCUGGGAGUGACCAACUUUCCCCGGAAAGCAGCAAAGAAGCAGCCGCGGGCGGCGCGAACAGCCACGUGUGUGGUGGAGCGGAGGGGCUGCCACGGGGCCCUGGAGUACCUCAUCGUGCAGAGACCCAGCUCGGGUCUCCUGGCCGGGCUCUGGGAAUUCCCCAGCCUCCCGCUGGCUCAGGGUCUGCAGGAGGAGAAGCAGAGGGAGGCACUGGCUGAUCACCUCCGGGCCUGGACGGGGUGGCCAGUGGUGGCAGGAGGCCUGCGGUUCAUCGGAGAGGUCAUCCACAUCUUCUCUCACAUCCACCAGACAUAUGUGGUCUACUCCUUCUCCCUGGAUGGGGACGUGACCCUGGACCCUGCCUUGUCCCCAUCCCGCUGGGUGACAGCGGAGGAGUUCCACACUUCAGCCGUGUCCACGGCCAUGAAGAAGGUGCUGAAAGCGUGUGAGAAGCAGCGUGGGGAGGAGAGCAGCCCUGGCAAGGGCUCCAAGCGGAAGCGGGUGGCGAAGCCACAGGGAGCAAACGGCACCCGCCCUGGGACGCAACUCUCCCUCCACGCCUUCCUCCGGGCCCCCACCUCCUCGUGA